UAAUGCAAUUAUCUAGUGUGUGGAAUCGACGGAUAUCGGGAAAAUUUAACUCAGUAGGUUUUAUAGCGAAUUCUGCGACAAUUACUAAAACAAUUAGACAAAAUCAUUACCAAAAUAUAGCCCAAUUUUUUCUGAAUUAAAGGAAUAUAAAAGUAAAGCAUCGGAUGUCGGAUCAUCGUGAUAAAAUCAUUUUAAAAGUGUGUACAACAGUGAAAACUUUUAGCAUUGAAUAAGUUUUUUUUUCUCUUGCUUCUGUCUUUCUGUCUUGAAAUCGAAACAAGCGAAACCGAAAGAGAAAAAAACGACCAAAUUAGUCGGCCAACCAGCAUUGAACCGAAAUUUCCUAUGUUUUUGACUUGAACAAAAUUGUUGCUAAAAUUUGAAAUAAUCGUUUGAUAUUGUGUAUUGUAAGGAAUUAUGUCUGUAUAUUGAAUAUCUGAUGGGUAAUUCAGAAAAGUAUAAUCACAACAAAAAAGAAAUAUCGUUGCUAAAUACAAUGAAAAGCAAUCCGUAAUUGAAAACACAAACACUAAAAAAUCAACAAAGUCUACAACGAUCAGCCAAUUGUCAAAAAGUGGAAGCCAAUUUAUUGGAAUGACAUGAGCGCUUACAUCGCCAAUAAAGUAAUAGUAAAAAUUAAAGCGGACAAAAAAUAAACGUUGAACGUUCCUUCAGAUAAAAAUUAACAGAAGACAACAGUAGAGUUUAUAGACUGAUUUUGUAUAAUAUUAAGUACGAGAUUACACAUUUUGGAUAAAGCAAUACUUGCUUGAUACAGGUGACUGGUGCGAAAUAACAAAUGAACAAAUCUAUGGUUUUUUAAGUUCAAGUGUAUAGAAUAUUGUGCACAACAGGAAAUCUUCAUCAAAUGUUUGUGACAACUAUCAGCCUAAUCUUUCCAUAGUACUAUUCGAUCAAAUUAGGAGUGAGCAUUUAGGAGCUAAAAAUGGGCAAACGUAUGGCAGUCGUCGAGGCGAAGCAUUCAUUGCAAGCCACUCGAACUAUACGCAAACGAAAGCGAAACUCUUCUGGAGCAGCAAUUGAUUCCGAAAUGGUCACAACACCCAAGGCAACGAGAGGAAGUCAUAACUAUUGGCACGAAAAUGAUGACGAAGAUUCAUCUUCAAAUGAAGCCACACAUGUAACACCAGUGAUUAGAAAUCCAUCUACAAAGCAUGCCAACAAUUCGUCAAUUCUUCUGAGCGCAAAUACGUCACUGAAUGAAUCCCCAAAACCAGUAUAUACAUUAUUACCAUCUAUUGUUAAUGGGACUAUUAUGUACGACCUAAUGCAGAAACCUUGGCGGCUUGGUAAACCUAUUGGCAAAGGAAAUUUUGGAGAAAUAUUUUUAGCUUCAGAUAAUACUUCCAUUCCGGUUACUAAUGAAAAUGCAAAGUUCGUUGUAAAAAUUGAACCACAUUCAAAUGGACCCUUGUUUGUGGAAAUUCAUUGUUUGAUGAACACUGCCAAAGACGAAUAUAACCAUAUAAAAACCGAAACAGAUAAAAACAAUAGACAAGAUUAUACGGCGCCACUAAUGCCACAUCUACCAACGGGUAUACCUAAAUAUAUUGCAUCGGGCUCUCAUUAUUUUGGAGAUGCACGUUACCGCUUCCUGGUUUUGCAGCGUUUUGAUCGCGAUUUGCACUCAUUGAUAAAAAAUUGUCGUGUCCAUCAGAAGUGCGUGUUAACUCUAGCCAUACAGAUUGUAGAUGUUUUAGAAAAAUUGCACGACAAGGGCUACUGCCAUAAUGAUGUAAAGGCACAAAAUCUUAUGAUUUCCAAAUGCAAGUAUUAUAAAAAACAAAUUGCAACUGCUCCAGUUACCACAGGCAAAAGCAAAUCGUCCCGUUCUUCAAAUGUAAAGUCUUCAAGCUAUGAUGAACAUUACGAAGAAAAGCAACAAACAACUGAUAGUGGAAAUAGUUCUGAGCAAGAAGCAAAUGAUGAUGAAGAGGAUGAAGAUUUCAUUAUUAAACGAAAUAAAUUUGUUGACGAAUAUGAAGAUGAGGACUUUGAUGAUGGCGCUACUACCAACAGUAAUAACAGUAACAGUGUAGAUCUUUAUGAAACACCACUCAAUCGUAAUCGCAAACGUCGUCCACGAAAUAAUAUUGAAUUUAGUGGUUCCAAUCCGGUACGCUCAUGUCGCCGACAAAAAAGAAAUUCCAUAUAUGAAGAGAUGGUGAAGUCUCAUUAUUUACGUCCUGCAAAACGUAUUAGUUACUCAGAAUUCUUUAAUGAAGAUACUACUUCCAUAAAAGAUGAACCAUUGGAAUCGAAAUCUGUGACAACAGAUGAUGAUUUCGAAGAAUUUUUACCAAGGUCUGCACGUCGUUCCGGUACAAUAAAGAAGUCGAGUCAUGCUUCAAAUUCCUGCUUACCAACAACACGGUUAACACGACGUCAAGAGAAAAUUCUGAAUAAGUUAAACGCUAAUAAGAAUUUACAAAAAACUAACUGCGAUAAUUCGCCAUCCACAGCUGUCGCAGAAUCGCUUGUAGUCGUUGAGGAAGAACGAAUUUUCCUUAUAGAUUUCGGGUUGGCUUCCAAAUUUAUGGAUAAUGGGGUACAUCGUCCAUUCGUAAUGGAUCAACGUCGAGCACACGAUGGUACUUUAGAAUUUACAUCACGAGACGCUCAUAUGGGUGCCCAUUCCCGUCGUAGUGAUCUAGAAUGUUUAGGUUAUAACUUAAUGUUCUGGUCUCAAGGUUAUUUGCCAUGGAAGGAUGCAGCAAUCCAGCAUCAACAGGAGAAGGUACAUCGCGCAAAGGAAUACCUAAUGACCGAUGUGCGCGAAAUGUUGAAACAAAUUUAUGGCAAACAGGUUCCUAAAUACUUGGGCGAAUUUCUACAUCAAGUUAGCCAAUUAGCCUACCACGACCGACCGGAUUAUGGACGAUACCGCCGCUUAUUCCAACGUGAAUUUCAGCAGCUUGGCUAUUCACUUGCAGAAUUGCACUUGGACAGCAAGGAAAUAGUGCGCACUUGUGUACGUGUUAAAGAGGAAAUUGAGAACAAAAACGAUAUAUUCGAAAUGAAUAAACUCAACGGCAAUGCAGUAUGGAGUAUUAUGAGCAACCUUGCAGUGGGCACACCAUUCCAUGAGCGCACUCUCUCCAAUAGGGUGUCGCCGAAAAACUUGAGGUCCAAAUCUGACAAGAAAUCUAUGAAAAAGAAAAAGUUUUCAUGGGCAGAAAUUCUGUCACAAGAUCCUGACCAGAUUGCCCGCGAACGUGCCGAAAAAGAGUUCGAUCGCGAGGAGGAACUUAGUGAAGUGCAACAACCAAUAGUGCGUCGUUAUGAAGGAAAACCAACAUAUGCUAUAUUAGAGAUUGAAAAUCGCCUAAGGUUAAGCGGCAGAUUAACAGAAGAUAAUAGAGACUCACAUCAAAGAGGCGCUGCUAAUCAGACCGACGAAGAAGAUGAGAAUGAUGAGGAACAGGAUGAGGAAGAAAUGGAAGUAGACGAUAUGGAGGAUAUGGAAGAUAACGACAGAGAUUGUGACGACGAUGAUGAUGACAUAGAAACGGACGCUACAGAAACCAUGGAUCACGCGCCUAAUAGUGGACAUAACACACGCGCACAUAAUACACGAUCAACUAGAAAAAAAAAUUAUGUACAAUUAUUAGAAACAGAGGGUCGAAUUCAGAGUUCGACUAAGCAACGUACAAUCAAUUCGACAAAAUCUGCAAUUAAAACAGCAGCAGCCACAUCCAAAUCGAGUCAUGUUGCAAAUAAAGUGACUAUGAAAUCGAAUAACAAACGGAGUAGUACCGCCGGCCGUAGUAAUCGUAAAGGUUACAACAAUGAAGGAACUCAAGUAAAUAGCAGCAGUGUAGGUGGAACGGGAAGGCCGGAACGACGAACUCGUCGUUGCUUAAUUGAGACUGAAACAGAGAUGAAUGAUCUGAUCGAUCAACAGGAAAGUAAUUCAAAUUUUAAUCCAGAUGUUUGCAGUUUAUUCAACGUUUGGAAAAAGAUCAAUAAUGAAAACAUCUACUAUCGAGGCAACAACGUCGCAGCAGCGGCAUCGACACGACAGUGUAAAAAGUGAACAAUGUAAACAUGCAGUCGUUUCUGCCGAAACUGUUCAAUACUUCUAAAUUUCUCACCGCUUUCAAUUAUGUUAGUAAAAUUUUUGCUAAACAUUGGUUUGAAAUGCAUAAAUAACGUAGAAUAAAAUAGCGUAGUACAGCAAAUCCGUUUGACAAGAGAAGAGAGUGAAUAAAUAUUAUAAGUAGUGGUAAUGUUUACAUUUUUGUUAUUUACCAACAACUCAAUAUGCAAAGAAAAUUGAAAUGGAAUGAGCAAAGUUAAAAUUGUAAAAAUCGUAAAAACAGAACUCAAAAUAAAAAUAAAAUAUGUGAGUAAGAUUAACAUAAAAAUCAUAUGAUGCAAAAUAGUUAAUUCUUAUUAAAAAUCAUCUGUGUAACCAUGUGAACAAAUGAUAUUCAUAAUUGCAAUUCUAUUGGUAAUGGAUCGCGUACAUAUAAAUACAUAUAUAUUUUUUUUUUUGUUAAUUUACAUCUGUCGCUUUGAAUUACUAAGAAGGAGAAACAAAUCUUAUAACUUUUAUAAAUGUUACAUAAAAUAAAAAAAUCAUUCAUUUUAAUCACGUGUAAAAUGAAAAUCACAUUAACGCGAUCCUCUACUGUAAAUUUUGUAUAAACUUCCCUAAUACAACAUACUUAAACUACUAGUAAGCAGAUUUAGCUUUUAGAUUUAAUUAAAGGAAAUGGGAACGUUUCGCCGUGGUUUAUGGAAAAUGAGUACAGAAGCGCACACACUGAACUUACAAAAAAAAAAUUUGCUUCCAUGAUUAAUAAUGGAAAUCGCAUCCUACAAACGUACCAACUAAUCUCUAACCUUGAAUUUUAUUGAGUACACAUGUGCAUUCUACUUGUAUCAUACGUGACACCACGGUGCUGGCUAUCAACCCAUUCUCUUAACAUAUUUUAAAUAGUUUGUAAGAUUUACUUUUAAUCUAGAAAUUUAAUUUACGUUUGUUUUACCUACAAUUCUGAGUUUGUUUGCAAUGAAUACAAGCAUUCUGGUUAUUUAAAUAGCAAUUCCUUGUUAUUUAACGUUAUAUUUUCUGGCACUGUGUGCACCAACAAGGCACAGAUUUAAUUCAACUUUACAAAUUUGUGUUAAUGAGCAUUAGCGUUUUGUUUUAAAUUUAGUAUAUAAUAUUUGGUCACAUACAAUUCACCAAGACGUUGUUUUAAGCACACCAUACAAAAAGUGAAUUAGUAUUUGUUUAUUUCAUUUAAUUGUUUUUUUUUACCUAAAUAUUAUUACUUUAGUUUUAAGUAAAAUACCUAAAUAUAUCCAUUAAUUAAAGGAAUUAAUUAAAUACCAUUAAACUUCAUGAAAUAAAAUAUAAAAAAUAA